AGGAAAACCAAACAAAAAGGAAAAAAUAAUUCUGAUAACAAUCCUUUAUUCCCACCUAAAAUCAACAAGUCAUAUAUAUAUAUAUUAUGCUCACUAGUUGUGAUUUCAUUGUGUAAAAAAAAUUGUCUAACCUCAAAAAUGAUCAUGGGAGCAGAGGGUUUUGGUACAAAAUCUGUGAAUUCGAAAACUUAUACAAAUAUGGGGUUGAAUGAAUAUGAUAGAGGAGAUAAAGGAAAUCCGAAGAUUCUAUGGAUUGUAGCUUCAGUUGUUGAGAGGUCAGUUCAAAAGAAUGAAAAGGCAUUGAAGGGAUCAAAUAAGAGAGGUGUUGUGACUGUCUUCCAUGGGACAAGAGCCCCUGUUUUGACUGUUCAGCAGUACAUUGAGCGCAUUUUUAAGUACUCCAACUGCAGUCCUUCCUGUUUCGUGGUUGCAUACAUAUAUUUGGAGAGAUUCCUCAAUCUGACUCAUUGUUUACUCACCUCUCUUAAUGUUCACCGGCUUCUCAUCACUAGCAUCAUGUUGGCUGUCAAGUUUGUAGAUGAUGACUGCUACAACAAUGCUUAUUAUGCAAAAGUAGGAGGAAUAACCACAACAGAACUGAACAAGCUGGAGAUGAAAUUCUUGGCAGCCCUUGAUUUCCGACUGCACGUAAGUGUUGAGAACUUUGAUAAGUACUGCUUGCAGCUAGAGAAAGACACCAAUGAGAAAUUACAGAUUGAUCGACCUAUCCGAAUUUUUGCAUGGGGAAAGGGUUUGGUAAACAAGAACAUAUCAAAUUGUUCACCUACAGUUGGAGGAUACACUUGUAGAGCUUUCUAGGGUGUAGGGAUCCAAAUCCAAUGGACAGGCAUGAAGAGGCUGAGAUAAAUCUUCUGAAUUGUGUACCUGUUGAAUAUUACAACUGCUGGUUUAUUCCUGAACUGCAACUUUUCUCUAUGUUUCAUCUCCUAUAUAUAAAGCAAGUCGGCAAAAUUGCUAACACUCAAACAACAACUAUUGUUAUAAGACGAAGCGUCUUAAGGAAUUUGGCAUUGUAUAAGCAAUAUCUUGGCUGCAAACAUUAAAUUAUUUCAGAUGCUCACAGAGGAGUCAAAUAUGUUGGUCCAGAUCCUCAUUUACUCGUCCAAUUGUUACUAAAGCUCUCCUUGCAAUAAUAAAUUCUACACCUACUUCUCUGGCUCUGA